UGGGGAGCUGGAGAAAACCGGGUGCUUGAGGAGCGAGCUUCUGCGCCUGGGAAGCCCCGUCGGGGGCCAUGGGGGCACAGGUGAGGCUGCCGCCCGGAGAGCCCUGCCGAGAAGGCUAUGUGCUGUCCCUGAGCUGCCCAAAUGCCUCCCAGGCUUGGUGUGAGAUCACACGUGUGUCACAGCUGCUGGCUUCUCCUGUCCUCUACAGGGACCUGAAUUCCAGCAUAACCAACCUGAGCGUUUCUACAAAUACAGAGAACAAAUACAGCCUUUAUAUAGGCCUGGUACUGGCAAUAAGUUCCAGUAUUUUUAUUGGCUCCAGUUUCAUCUUGAAAAAAAAGGGCCUCUUGCAACUGGCCAAAAAGGGUGUCACUAGAGCUGGACAAGGUGGACAUUCUUACCUCAAGGAAUGGCUCUGGUGGGCAGGAUUACUCUCAAUGGGAGCAGGAGAGGUGGUGAAUUUUGCAGCUUAUGCUUUCGCUCCUGCCACUCUGGUCACCUCACUGGGCGCUCUGAGUGUUCUUGUAAGUGCAAUAUUGUCUUCCUACUUUUUAAAUGAGCAGUUGAACAUUCAUGGGAAAAUAGGCUGCAUAUUAAGUAUAUUGGGAUCAACUGUGAUGGUUAUCCAUGCCCCACAAGAAGAGAAAGUUGCUACUCUGCAUGAAAUGGAAAUGAAAUUGAGAGACCCAGGAUUUAUCUGCUUUGCUGUGAUCAUAACUGUGAUCUCCUUGGUACUAAUUUUGAUUGUGGCACCCAAGAAAGGACAGACCAAUAUAUUGGUCUACAUAUCAAUCUGUUCAUUGAUUGGAGCAUUUUCAGUUUCCUCUGUCAAGGGCCUGGGAAUUGCCAUCAAAGAACUACUGGAAUGGAAGCCCGUUUAUAAGCAUCCCCUGGUCUUUGUUUUGUUGGCUGUACUUGUGCUUUCAGUGACGACACAGAUCAACUAUCUCAACAAAGCACUGGACACCUUUAAUACAUCUCUUGUGACUCCCAUUUAUUAUGUGUUGUUCACAUCCAUGGUGGUGACUUGCUCCGCCAUCUUAUUCCAAGAAUGGUAUGGCAUGAAUGCUGGCGAUGUCAUCGGGACUUUGAGUGGGUUCUUCACCAUCAUCAAUGGCAUCUUCCUUCUACAUGCUUUUAAAAACAUUAACAUUACCUGGAGUGACCUGACAUCCACUACUCAGAAAGAAGUCCUCUCUGCAAAUGGCAGUGAAGACAAAUACGUCUUACUAGAGAACACAGACUGUUCAGUCCCAGGAUUCGAUGAUGACAUUACCUUAUAUAGCAGGACUGGUCAAAAUCCCUAGAAGCCUGGACUUUAACCAGCAGGAGACACUUGGAGAGGAGAAGGAAUACCUGAUUCUUGAAAGAAAUAUUAGGAAAGCUGGCAUUUUUAAAGUUCUAACUCAUAAUGUACACAUGAGGCCAAAUAAAAAUGCCUGCACUUUUAGCCAUCAAGUUUGAAAAAUCAAAGUUUUGGUCCAGAAGACUUCUGCUGUUUUUCAUUUCUGCACACUUGAAAUACUCCCUAAGCAUGAAAGAAGUCAAAGAAUUAGAUAACUCUCAGAAUAAUCUCUUUCUUCUGGUCACAGUGUACGUGACUCUGCCAGGUGGCUCUUCGUUUCUUUGGCUGCUAUUCUCAGUCUCUCAGUAAUUCAUAGGUAAACUCAACUCUGUACUGACAAGCAGAAUAUCAGCCAUCACUCUCUAAUGAGUCAUAGUUUCAAAUUAUUAAGACUGAGAAGCGAGAUCACUGAUGCUUCCCCUCGCUCUACAACUCCCUUCUUUCUGAAAUAAAGAGCUAAAGGGAA